AUGAAGAAGUUCUCCAAGAUCCUGUCGCGGCGGCGACUCGGGCGGUCUGGCGGAGGCGAUGAUCACGGCCGUUGGGAUCCGGGACAAGAGUCGUCGCUGGACUUUCACCAGCUGACGUCGAGGCGGUGGCGGAGCGACGACCAUGGACUGGCCAUGAAUGGCGAGCAUCACAGCCGCUUCUUCACCAAGGAGGUUCCCAGAUACGGCGCGGGGAGGAUCCUGGCCGACGGGAGCGAGGACGCGGGGCAGCUGUGCGACAUCUGUCAGGAUAUCGAUUUUGCGAGCCUGCUGGACUGGCAGCCGGGUGACCCCAGGCCAUGGGUGUCGCUGGCGCAUUGCUUGUGGCUGAAGCUGCCUGAGGACGACGACGAGGGCGAAGAGAUCGACGAGGAGGAGAGGCGGAGAAGGCGGAAGAAGCGGAGGAAGGGUCUCUGUCCGUGGUGCGUCUUCUUCCACUCCAUGAUCACCACGGUGCCGGAGGGAGACGAGACCAACGGCGCAGACGGGCGGGACGAUAGAGCCUUGAGGACCAAGUUCACGCCCUAUCUACGCAUUCGACUGGCCUUUGAGCGGCUCGGCGGUGGGGAGAAGCACCCGCUAGGGAGGUCGGUGCUAUUUGAAGUCACGACAAGGAAUCGAUCUCUUCCAUGGGGGUACAUUGUCAAGGCUUUACCGGAGGACAGAGAGGGGGCGGAGGAUCCGGAAGCAGACGCGCCGGCAAAGACGGAGACGGAGCAAGAGGCGGAAACAGAACCGGACGCAGAAUCAGGUAUAGAGGCGAGCAUCACGCAAGGAGGCGUAGACACAGGGACCGACUCGGGAGUCGAGGCCGACGUUGACCUGAAAGAGGAGGGAUUGUCAGAAAUAAAGCCUAGGGCCAGAAUCGAAGGAGACGCUGACGAGCAAGCUGUGACCAAACAGAAUGGUCAUGCCAAAGUCAACAGAAGCAACAGACGACAAGACGAGACAAGGGAGAUUCGGGGCCGGGAGAUAACUCCGCUGCUUCGUCUGCAGCUGGCAAGGAGUUGGAUUGACUUUUGCGACGAAAACCACGCUGCUGAGGACUGUUCCGCCAAACACCGACCCCUGGUCAAGGGGCUGAAGCUGAUUGACUGCGAAGAGAAUCGUGUUAUUCUCGCAGAGCAGCUAUCAGCAACGGCGCCGCUUGAAGAGCUGCAAGACGACAGAAGCCACACCGGCACCCGCAACAGCCACGAUAAGGGCACCCGACACCAGAACGUCGACUAUGUCACGCUCAGCUAUGUCUCGGGAAGUUCUAGCGACGCGGAUACAGAGAUCGACGACGACCAUCUUCUACCGGAGAGUCUCCCGAAACUUAUCGCCGAUGCUAUUUCCACCACCAAGGGCCUUGGAUACCGCUACCUCUGGGUAGAUCGGUACUGCAUGCCUGCAAAGGGAGACGCUGAAAGAGCAACAGAACGCCAGCAACAGCUCAGCCUCAUUGGUCAGAUAUUCAGCCAUUCGACGCUGACCCUCAUCGUGGCCGCGGGAGAAGGCGUCGAAGACGGCAUUGCCGGGGUCAGCGUGCCGCGCGACGAGCAGCUGUCGAUUCAGACGGAGACGGAUCUCUUCACCACGUCUCUGCUUCGCCCAGACCUCGAGGUUGCUUCAUCGAAGUGGGCGUCUCGGGCAUGGACAUACCAGGAGGGUCUCUUGUCGCGACGGCGCCUCAUCUUUACGCCCUCGCAGGUCUACUUCCAGUGCCAGGCUAUACACUGCCACGAGAGCCUCGCCCUUCCCCUGAAAUACGCACCAGGCCUGAAUCUUGGCCGCGUGUUUCCACACUCCACCGAGGCCGCUCUCCAUCCCACCAGAUUCAAGAAUCAUAUCAAGGCCUAUCUGGCCAAGAGCCUCACCAAUACCGACGACUACCUAGACGCCUUCAGGGGACUGCUCCACGAAUACUCGCGGCGGGAGAAGCGACCUGUAGAGCACUUGCUUGGCUUGCCCCUAUUCCACCCCGAUGACUUUUCCAAACACAAGGUCGUCAGCCAAACGGACCGCCUUGCCGUCGCCCUAGGAUGGAUGCCCGUCCGCACACUCCCCUCCUCUUCCAUGUCCUCCUCCACCACCUCUUCCUAUGACGACCUCCUUCAUAACCCCGUCGUCGACCCUUACUCCCUCAUCGACUCUCCUUGCCCCUUUCCUUCAUGGACCUGGCUCGCGUGGCGACCCAACCAGACGACGUACAACUACAACACCCCCAGCUACACCCUAAACUUCAACCUCGUCGACGAUACAUCUCCCCUCCUCGACGGCGUAUCGGCCGCUCCCGGGAUGGAGAUUUCUGUCGGUUUCAGCGACGGCAUGGUCCUCUCGUGGGAGAUUGACGGCGACGCCAUCGCCCGCAAGGCCGACAAGAUCGAGAUGCUGCGCGUCAAGACCUAUUGCUUCGACCUGGCCGUGAAGAGCACCAGCGGCGUCCUAGGAGCCCACCCCAGCCUCGCCCUAGCCGAACCCGCAGCCUCGAUCCUGGGUCGAUCCGCCUCCGAAUCGGUAGAUGCCUGGAUCCGCCGCUCCUCCGUCACCGUCCUCCCCGCCUCCGCCGACGAAGCCCCGGUCGAACCAGAGUACCAUCUUAUCGGCGUCCUCAUCUCGGGACGGCACUGGAAGCCCAACGCCUUAGUCCAUCGCCCUCCGGGAAGCGCCGCCAUCACGACUCCGUCCACGGCCACGGCCACGGCUCUGAUUUGCGGGCGCAGGAACUGGGAUCCAGAGGGCCAGUUGAUCCGUCUGGGGGCGCUGAGCAUAGCGUACGACGGGCUGGUGCCUGCGGCGGACGAGGCGGACGCGUCGGUUAUGAAGGGGGUGGAUGCGAGGAGUGGGGAGAAGAGGGAUUUGAGGGUACGGUUGCGGGAGUUGGAUAUCUAUUGA